AUGGAUGAUGUGGGCUUCAGAACUCGACGCAGGGCGGACAAGGAACAGCGCAAGUAUGGCGUUCAUGGUCAAGAUGAGACCCAGCCGAUGGAGGAGGAUGCCUACAGCGACGAGCAAGCCAAGGCCAAAUACGAGCCUCCUUUAGGCCAGGAGACACUCAACGAAGUGCCCUAUCAUGUUCCGGGCGGCGAAAGCAAGGAUGAUCAUUCGCACGUUGACGGUCAGGCACCGCUGCCCAUUAAGACCGGCCAGGGUGACACGACUUCUGCGCCUGGAUUGUCAAAGGAUGCGAGCGAGGAAGAGCGCAGACGAAGCGCACGGGGACUGAUGGAACCUCAUCUGCAAGUCAUGUGCGGACCUAUGCUGCGUUAUGCGACUGUCACCGAUGCCAAAGUAUGGAUCGGCUUCGCCAUGAUCGUCACCGCCGACACUGGCUCGGACUAUUCUCAUGAGCCUACGCUCACGAUGUCGCAUAAAGGCCUGAAAGCAUCGAGCCAGCAGACCGAUGGUAUGGUUAAUGGCGCGGACGCGACUCGUCCUCAGCCGAAUGGCACUGUCAAUGGCGAUGGCGCACACGGCGGCAUGCUAAAGCAUGUGCUUGGCGAGAAAAUCUAUACACAUCUAGCACAAUCGGGCAACAUGUCUUUCUGGCGUUUCAAGCUAGAGAUUCCCUUGCAAGAUGAAGAGAUGGACGUGAAAUAUUCGAUCAACGGCGGCAAGUCUCUCGACUUUUUCGUGCCCGGCAAGGAGCAGAACUUCAGAUGGAUUGCACAUAGCUGCAAUGGCUUCAGCGCCGGUGUUGACCCGAAGAACUUCAAUGGACCAUAUCCGCUUUGGGAGGAUAUCCUCCGUGGUCAUGCAGUCAAGCCUUUCCAUCUGCUCGUAGGGGGCGGCGAUCAAAUUUACAACGACAAGCUCGUCAACGAAGCCGAGCUUCAGCCUUGGCUCAAGAAUGCUGACGGGAAGAAGAAGAUGGCGAUGGAAUGCACGCCUGAGAUCAGAGGCGCCAUCGACAGAUUCGCAUUCAACUGGUAUUGCGAGUGGUUCAGAGGCGGCGCGUUCGGACGAGCAAUUGGCAGGAUCCCAAUGUCAAAUCAGCUCGACGAUCAUGAUCUCAUUGACGGCUUUGGCUCUUAUGAUGACGACCUUAUGCAGAGUCCGAUCUUCAAUACGAUUGGCUCUCGCAACUACUUCUGGUACUUGCUUUUCCAGAAUUUCCUUGUACCCGAUCACGACGACAAGCAAUUGGGCGUAGGCAAGCUGACCGGGCACGUCGAUCCAAGCAUCCUGCUAGGCAGCAAGAACUACUACAUACCUUACCCGUCACAUUCUUUCUUACUCUACCUCGGCCCGGACGUCGCCCUUCUUUCGCUCGACUGUCGCGCCGAACGCCGAAAGGAUCGAAUCUGCACAGCCGAGACCUAUGCUAUGGUCUUCGAUCAAUUGCGCAAGCUACCGAAUUCGGUCAGCCAAGUAGUCAUUUUACUCGGCGUACCUAUCCUUUACCCUCGCAUGGUAUUUGCCGAAAAGUUUUUAGCCUCCAAAUUCAAUCCGCUCGUUGCGCUUAGCCGCGCCAAAAUGCUCGGCCUAGCAAGCUUCACGAAUAAGUUCAACGCAGAUGCGGAGUUGCUUGAUGACUUGUCGGAUCACUAUUGCGCUACACCUCACAAGCCCGAACGCAAUUGGCUCAUUGGCGAAUUGACCAAGAUUGCAAGGGAGCGCAAGCUUCGCAUCACCUUCUUGUCUGGCGAUGUGCACUGUGCGGCAGUAGGACGAACGUACGAUAUUCAGAAGCCGAAGCCGGAGGAGGAUCCAAAGUAUAUUCUCAAUGUCAUCACUUCGGCCAUUGUCAAUACGCCUCCGCCCGACAAGAUGCUUCUGUUCAUGUCAAAGCUCGGCUCAAAGACGCACAAGACGUUGCACAAAGAGGGCAUAGACGAGGACAUGGUGCCGUUGUUCAAGAAAGAUGUUGCUGGCCGCUCUCGAGGCAAUGCGCUACUUUACGGUCGUCGCAAUUACAGCAUUCAGACUUACUUGCACGAGACGAGAGAGCUCGAAUUCAGCUUCCAGAUUGAACGUGAUAUGGGACCUUCUAGCACUGGCGAGACGGUCAGAUACCCUAUCAAAGCACCCGCUGUUGGCUGGUGA